GCAGACUCCUUUUCGUUGUCGAACUUGCACUUGACCGCAGACAUGCUGUGCAGGCUCAGUGUUUGUGGCAGGGGAAGGCUUAGAUGUGCUCCAGCCUUGACAUACUUUACGUCCAGGGAAAAGCAUACUCUGCCUGACUUACCAUAUGAUUAUGGUGCUCUGCAGCCCCACAUCAGUGCUGAAAUCAUGCAACUACACCACAGUAAACACCAUGCUACUUAUGUGAACAACCUUAAUAUUACAGAAGAAAAAUAUGCAGAGGCCCUGGCUAAAGGGGAUGUUACAACUCAAGUCUCUCUUCAAGCUGCACUUAAAUUUAAUGGUGGUGGCCAUAUCAAUCACACAAUCUUCUGGACAAACCUUUCCCCUAAUGGUGGAGGGGAACCACAAGGAGAACUUCUAGAUGCCAUAAAGAGAGACUUUGGCUCCUUUGAGAAAUUUAAGGAGAAAUUAAGUACUGUGUCAGUUGGAGUCCAGGGAUCAGGGUGGGGAUGGUUGGGUUAUAACAAGGAAUCUAAUAGACUUCAACUGGCUGCCUGUGCCAAUCAAGACCCUCUACAAGGAACAACAGGUCUUAUACCUCUGCUUGGAAUUGAUGUGUGGGAGCAUGCUUAUUACUUGCAAUAUAAAAACGUUAGACCAGACUAUAUGAAAGCGAUCUGGAAUGUUAUCAACUGGGAGAAUGUAGCCGAAAGAUACCGGGCUUCCAAAAAAUAAAGUGCUAGAUCUGUUCUCUGUUCUGUCCGUUACAGCCAGUGUAACACAUCUAUACAGCAUCUAUAGUUAAAGAUUAUCUGUCUGUUUUCAAAGAGAAUUGUUGCUUCUCACACAUCCCUCAGACUGAAUGCACUUACUAGACUUACAGGCCACGUCCAAUCUGUGAGCACUUAGAAGCCUGUAGAAUCAAUCCUUUUCAUAGCUUGAGCUUUACUGGUGGUCUGUUGUGAAAAUAACAUUUUGCAAUUCAAUAAUAAAGGCAGCAGCAAUGUUAAUUUUUUUCUUGCAUACUUUUCUAUAUGUGUAGAUUUCUUUAAUAACUAUAAAUUGUUGAACAAUGUGCCGAUUCCUUAGUAAAUUGGUUUUUUUUGUAAUAUAAAUUAUAUUUUUGACAAGUACAGCAUGAAAAUUCACUUAAUCAAUGUCAUCAUGUGACAUUAGAUUUUUAACUGGCAGAAAGCUAGAGCUAUGGUUCUCAACUGCUUUUCUCCAAGGCCUCAUAUGCCUAUUAUAAAACACCUAUUUGAACCAAAACUACUAAAAUUACAGUCACAAUAAAAGUGUUAGCAAAACUCACCAUUAA